CCGAAGAUGACCCACUUUUGGGGUUUUUUCGCAUUCAACUAAAAGAAUUUUUUUCUAAUUGGAAAAAAGGAAAAACACACAUAGAAGCAAAUGUGACCAAUUGAGAAAAAGUGAAAAUUAUUGUGUAAAAUAAUUCAUUUGUAUAUUUAGUGAAGUCGUAGAUGAAACAAAAAGAAAGUUUACAAGUUUAGAAAAAAAGUGAUAUACAAGUGUGAAAAAAGUAGAAACGAGAAAAAAACCGUAAAAUAUUUAAAGGAAAUUUAGUCUACACACAGAAGAUUUUAAGAAGAAAAAGUGCAAAAUUCACAAAAAGCUCCAUAAAUGAGUGGUGUCUAGUUAGUUAAUAGUUUUUUUUUCUUCGUUCCUCGUCACAAUUGAGGUUUAUGGCCCCACCAUAACAGGAAUAUUGGCACACUUGCUUGGAUGGAUUUUUUUUCGUACGUUCGUUCGUUCGUUUGUCGGUUGGUUGGGUUCCCAAUAAAAUACGCGUGUGUGUAUAUGCCACAGUAGCUGCUGGUAAAUGAUUCAAGUAUGGAACGGAAACGAGGCGGAGCAGCAGAACAUUUAUUGUAGUACGGAUUUUGAAGGCGCUUGGUAUACUGAUUUUCGUUGGGAGACAGCAGAAUGAACGAAUUCCAUUGAUUACAAAAAAAGGAAUGGUGUGUGAAAAUCUGCAAAUUCCAGAAUGAAAUCUUGAGAAAAGCUCCAAGCAGAACUCAAAAGUUUGCUAAACAAUUUAUAAGUGUCCAGUGAAUGUGAAAUAAUAUUCCACAGUCUCCACUCUCACUCUUUGCGGGUGUGUAUAUUGUUCUGUAGAUAAAUUAAUAAAACAAAAGAAGCAGCAACAACAAAAAUAUAUCCAAACAAAUUUAAAGCAAACCUCCAAUAUCCAGUAGUUAGUAGUCCAAAACAAAGCUAAGAAAUACAAAAAAUAAUUGCAUUUAUAGUAUUAAAUGUAACCUAUAAAAAAGAAUACAACAAAAAGAAGAGGAAGCAGCAGCAUAUUCAUUAAAAUUAAAAUAAAAAUAUCUAGUGUAAAGCAAAAUAAUUAAGUUCGACAAAAUCUCGCCUGUGUGUCUCAAGAGAAAGGAGUAAUUUGUCAAAAAUUUAAAAAUGUCGUAAAACAUAAGCUGAAAAAAUUCAUUUAGUUGUAUUUUGAAAAGCAUAUCGAUAAAAGUGUAAAAACUAAGAAGAAGAAGAAGAAGCAAAGCAGAGAAGAACAAAUUCCUUCUCUAAAAGGAAAAAAGUAUUACACCAACAUUUCCACACAAUCUCUUCUCCAAACGAAACCAAAAAAUAAAAGAAACGGAACACCAAUACACACACUCUCACAAAUGCACCAUUCCGUCUCCCACUUUCUCUCACACACACAUUCACAGACACCAGCGAGAAAAUCAUUCUCUUUCCCAUACACACCGAAACUUGGAAAAAUAUAUGCAAACUCUUUGCCACACAUGGUCUUGCUCAUCACCAUCCAUUGACAGCAGCAGCAACGAGAAGAGAGUCAACAAGAACAACAACCACAACAUGUCAACAUGCUCGAUUGUCGUCUGUCGUUUGUAUUGGACACGCAUACUCGUCUAGUGUUACGACGACGGCUGCUACUGUUAUUGAAAACAACCUAAGACAGUGUUGCAUUUCUUCGUGUGCUCACUUGUCCGUUCGUUCGCUCGCGUAGUCGUGUGCUUGCCUGUGUUUUUGCGUUCACAAAUGUCGUUGACAUUUUUUUGUCAUUAUUCAACACCACCGCGCAUAACUAAACUACUGUCAUCCAACGUCAAAUGAACAAAAAAACAACACGAAUUGUCAACAGUUCGAAAAAAUAGAAAACAAUAAUAACAACCCCACAAGUUAAGCAAACCAAAACAACAACAAUAAGAAAACAACAAAAGGAAGAAACAUAACCAACAAACACGCAGCACGCUCUCUCCGACAAUCGAGGGAACUCCCCCUUAGAAUAUAGACCACAUCUACACACACACAUACAUCCAUACACAAUUAACUAAGGACAACUCUCGAACUGGCAUUUGUAGCAGAUUCAUAUCUGCUCAGAGAAUGCCAUAUGAAAGAAUGCACCACACACAACUGCAUCAGACGACAACCGGUAACGGUAUGAUGGACUCGUUAAGCCUGCAAUUACGAGAUGCGGAAACGCGUCGUGCGGAAAUCGAGAGAGCACAUCAGGAAACCUUGGCACAAAUUCGUACACUCAGCUCCUCGGGCAGUCGUCAGGAUAUCGAAGCCAUAGAAAAUUUACAAUCUCGUGCCAGAGAAUUGGAGAAAAAGGCUGCUUUGGAAAAUGUCCGGUGCGAAGAACUGCAAAUUGAAUUAUCCGCUGCCAUGAAAACCAAAUCUGCCCGGUCCAGCAAUGAGGCAGAUCAUCACAACAUGGCCGAGAUGCGUAACGCCGCCGAAAUGAGAAAUUUAAAUGAAAUGCGUAACAUUCAAGAGAUGCGCAACAAUGCAGCGGCCGCCGCUGCUGCUGCCAACGCCGCCUCCAACAUGAGAAAUAUGUCUGACAUGCGAAAUGCGGCCGAAUUGCGAAACAUGACCGCCUCGGAUAUGCGCAAUCUAACCGAAAUGCGAAACAUGUCAGAAAUGCGUCAAAUGGAUAUGCGAAAUGCCGCCUCGGAUAUGCGCAGUGCCGCUUCGGAUAUGCGCAAUGCCACAUCGGAUAUGCGCAACAUGUCAGAUAUGCGUUCGACAAUUGGCGGCGGUGUUUCGUCGAGUGCGCCACCUGUGUCGUCGGGUACCACCACCUCCGUGACCUGGGCGCCAACGAUCGGUCGUGAAGAUCAGGGUUCAGAGAUCGAUAUCAUAAUGGCAAAAAUUGAACAGGAUAAUCGAGUUUUGGCCGAACUAGAACAUCCCCGGACAUCAGCAGCAUUAUCAGCCAUGCCAUCAAGUUCCAUAUUGAAUACAAAUAGCGAAUUUAAAACCAUAUCAAAAACAGAACUUGAAGAAGAACUGAAUCGUUAUAAGAGAGCUGUAUUGGGUGGCACGUCCGGCGUAACGGCCGGCACAAUUGGUAGCGGUGCUUUAACUGGCUAUUCAUCGGCCCUUACCUCAAGUCUACCCAAUGGCAGUAGUGCACCCGGCGGUGUUGUAUCCAGCCUAUCGGCAACUACGGCACACGCUCCGGGCACGGGUCUAACAUCCAUAUCGGCUUUAGUGCCAAACUCAAUCGGUGGCAUUUCCUCGAGCAUGAGCAGUCAUGCCAUAACGGCUGCCGCUGCAUCGGCGGCAUAUGGCGCCGGACAUGCGGGUACCUCGACGGUGGACAAGCUGUUGAGUGGAACAAGUGGAAUCACUGGCAUUCCACCAUUGCCGGUAAAUAUUCAUACGAUGAAGUCUAUGCCAUCAGCAUUAAGUCAGAGCACAACUAUGCCCAUACUCUCGCUGAACUCGCAUAACUUACCCACGGGCACCAACAGCUACUCGGCCCUGGGGCUGAGUGGUACCGGCCCCACCGCAGGCUUGCCGCCAUUGGGCGCCUCUCUAACGCACCCCUCAAUACCCGGCCUGGAUACGAGCGCUCUGCUGGGUACCAGCGGCUUAACUGGUCUGGGUACCGGUCUGGCUGGCACAUCUUCGCUUUAUGGUCUUGGCAGCGGCGUCAGUGGGUUGGCUCCCGGUUUACAGAAUACCUUUGGUCCACCGCCUUCAUUUCUCGAUGUUGCUUCGUCCGCAUCAUAUCCCUUUACAUCGGCUGCCCUGCGCAAUGACCAAAUGAAAAUGCUGGAAGAGAUCGAUAUACCGUUGACACGUUACGGCAAUCGUAGUUCGCCUUGCUCACCGAUACCACCUAAUACCUGGGGCUUGGAUGAAUUCCAGGACAGUCUGAUGCACAGUCGAAGUGGUUUAGCUUUAGCGCCAUUGGAUUUAGAAACUCGCAAUCAUAAUUUGAACAAUGGCAUCAGUGAACCUCAAGUGGAUAUGUUGGAUAUACCUGGCAAAGGACGUUGUUGUGUAUUCAUAGCCCGUUUUCCAUAUGAUCCACCAGAGGAUGCCGAAGGUGAACUCUCAUUAUGUGCUGGCGACUAUCUGCUUGUUUGGACCAGUGGUGAGCCACAAGGUGGAUACCUUGAUGCUGAGUUGUUGGACGGUAGACGAGGCCUGGUGCCUGCUUCAUUUGUACAGCGUUUAAUAGGCGACGAUCUCUUAGAAUUCCAUCAAGCUGUGCUGUCCACUUUGCGUGAUGCCGAAGACGGUUCCAUGCAAUGUGAUUCAACGUCAUUGCCCUCAUUACCACCACACAAUCCAUUGCUCACCCACACCCAAGAGGAUUUGGCCAGGUUAAGUGAAUCCCAUACAGAUUUGGAACAUGAUCAGGAUGACAUAAGUGAUAAUGUACCAGCCCCAAAACAUUUAACUCUGGAAAGGCAACUGAACAAAAGUGUACUGAUCGGCUGGUCGCCUCCCGAACCCUGUGGCUACAAUCUCAUCGACAGCUAUCAUGUCUACGUGGAUGGUGUGCUUAAAGUAACCGUCAAAGCUAAUGAACGCACACGUGCUCUUAUAGAGGGCGUGGAUUCGAAUCGGCCUCAUCGCAUCAGUGUCCGUAGUGUCACACAAAAUCGCCAGCAAUCCCGAGAUGCCGCCUGUACAAUGAUCAUCGGUCGUGAUACCUCACAUUUGGGUCCAUCAUCGGUUCGUGCUACACACAUAACGUGUUCAUCGGCUGUCAUAACAUGGCUGCCAGCCAACUCCAAUCACCAGCAUGUCGUCUGUGUAAAUAAUGUCGAAGUGCGAACUGUUAAACCGGGUGUCUAUCGUCAUACCAUAACCGGUUUGGCUCCCAGUACACAGUAUCGUGUUACGGUCAGGGCAAAACAUUUGCGCGCUCCCGGUGGCUCGCAGCCAGGACAGGGUCGUCCACAAGAAGAAGCUCCCGGAGCCUAUGCCGAUUUCCGUACAUUAACUAAGGGGUUACCGGAUCCACCACAGGAAAUUCAACUUGAGGCUGGUCCUCAAGAUGGUACCAUUCUAGUGACAUGGCAGCCAGUUAAUAGGCCCACAUCAUCGGGGCCUGUAACCGGCUAUUCUGUGUACGCUGAUGGUAAAAAGGUAACCGAUAUCAAUUCACCCACGGGUGAUCAUGCUCUGAUAGACAUUGGUAAAUUGGGUACAUUCAAUCCAAGAGCCGUGACUAUACGUACGAAAUCGCGUGACUCACAAUCGGCCGACAGUGCACCCAUACUAAUACCAAAUUCUGUACGAAAUGCAGUGGGCAGAAGGGGACCAAAUCAAAUGGGCAUGGGCAUGGGUCCACAAUUACCCCAGGGGCCACACGGUCAAAUGGGUAUGCAGCAGCAAAUGAUGGGCCAGGAUCCGAAUCAAUAUGAUCCAAAUCAAAUGCAUCCACAACAACAGCAACAAGGGAUGCAACAGCAAGGAAUGCAGCAACCCGGCCAACAACAGCCAGGACAACAAGGUCAAGCGGCCGACGGAAGUUCUGGUUUAUUAGGAGGCAUACUCGGCGGCCUCUUUUCCAAACAAACACCUCAGACUCAAGCGACUCAAAAUGUUAACGGUUACCCACCGGGCCAGCAGCAGCAACGCAUGAUGCGGCCACAAGGACCUCAGGGUAUGCAGCAGCAGCAACAGCAACAACAACCGUAUGGACCUCAAGGCCCCAUGGGUCCACAGCAGCGUUUCCCCGGCCAACGAGGACCUGCCCCUCCGGGUCAAAUGCAACCUGGUGGACCCAUGCAGCAGCAAGGCAUGAUGCCAGGUCAAAUGCCUGGGCAAAUGCAACAGCCCGGCAUGCAAGGUGGCCAAAUGCAGGGUGCUAUGGGCCUUCGAGGUCCGCUCAACCAACAACAGCAGCAGCAGCAACAACAACAACAGCAAAUGCAACAGCAGCAACAAAUGCAGCAGGGCCAGCACAUGCAACAGGGCCAACAAAUGAUGCCCGGCCAACAGGGUCUCACGCCCCAACAACAGCAGCAACAACAAAUGGCCGCACAGAAAAAGCCACGCUAUUUCGUUGCUAUGUUCGACUAUGAUCCAAGCACAAUGAGUCCCAAUCCAGAUGGAUGUGACGAAGAACUGCCAUUCCAAGAGGGUGAUACAAUAAAGGUGUAUGGCGACAAGGAUGCUGACGGCUUUUAUUGGGGCGAGCUGCGCGGUCGUCGCGGUUAUGUUCCCCACAAUAUGGUGACGGAGGUUGAUGAUGGCACCGGCCAAAUGGGUCAAAUGCCUCAACAACCUGGCGGCACUGCACAAGUUAUGCCCGGUCAGGUGGGCACACAACAAAGUAUGCGCAAUGUUAGUCGCGACCGUUGGGGUGACAUAUAUGCGAAUAUGCCGGUCAAACGGAUGAUCGCCCUCUACGACUAUGAUCCGCAAGAGUUAAGUCCGAAUGUGGAUGCGGAACAAGUGGAAUUAAGUUUCAAAACGGGUGAAAUCAUACUUGUGUAUGGUGAUAUGGAUGAAGAUGGUUUCUAUAUGGGCGAAUUGGAUGGUGUUCGUGGCCUUGUGCCAUCGAAUUUCUUAGCCGAGGCGCCCGACACAUAUAGUAAUCAAAUGAUGCAAGGUGGUGGCCCUGCAGGACGCGGUGGCUUGGCCAGUCAAAGGGGCAGAGGUCAAGGGCCGGGUGCUAGAGGACCUCCACCACCGCCGCGCGACAACAUGAUGCCUGGUAUGGCUGGGCCACGUGGUCCCCAAGGAAAGAAUGCUCGCCCUGCUUCCCCUACACUGUUAGACAACACGGGCCACCCUGCCCCCGAUCACCAAACGCAGGGGAUGAUCGGUCGCGCUGGUAAUGUUGUUGGCGGAAUGCAACAACAACAGCAACCAUAUGGUCAGCAACAACAGCAGUCACAACAACAACUACAGCAACAGCAGCAAAUGGGUGGCAUGGGGCAAAUGGGUCAGCAGGGCAUGAUGGGUCAACAGCAAGGCAUGAUGGGCCAACAGCCGGGCAUGGGACAACAGCCUGGCAUGGGUCAACAGGGCAUGAUGGGCCAACAACCGGGCAUGGGACAACAACAGCAGGGCCAACAAAUGGGCCAGAUGGGGCAAAUGGGCAUGCAGCAGGGUCAACAGCCUGGCAUGCCCGGCCAGCAGCAGAUGGGACAAAUGGGUCAGAUGGGCAUGAUGGGCCAACAACAACAGCCGCAGCAACAACAACCUCCCCCCGUAUCACAACCCUCAGGCGGUUUAUUAUCCGGAGCAACUAGCUUACUCUCGGGUGCUACUUCGGCUGCCACCGGUGGUCUAUUUGGUUCGAAACAACCACCGAAACAAGAUCCAAUGCAACCACCAGGUGGUGCGCAGCCAACGCAGCAAGCUUCAACCGGCCUGGGGGGAUUGUUCGGCGGCGGCGCCCAACAACAACAGCAGCAGCAGCAACAACAACAGCCACAGCAGCAGCAACAACAACCACAAGUGCCACCUCAAGGUCAACAGCCACCACCGCAAGGUCAAGGACCCGGUGCCGGUCUGCUGGGCGGUCUCAAAGGUAUCGCAGCAGCGGCGCCGGGCGGUGAUGUGCUGUCGAAAGGUAAAGAUCUCUUUGGCAAGUUCGGCUUCGGUUUUGGUAAAUAACCCCGGUCAUAUUAUAGGUCGUUUUUAUAUAUAUUAUUAAAUUAAUACUUAAUAAUUAAUAAUAAUAAUUAUAACAAUAAUAUUAAAUUACUAUAAAUUAUAGAAAGAAAAACAAAUUAAAAAAAAGAACAAAUACCAAAAAAAGACAAGAACAAGAAAAAAUCUUACAAAAAAAUUAUGCAUUCACAAUAAAACAAAUUUUUAAAAAGUAAAACCAAAUAAGAAAACGAAUUAAAAUCCCAAAAAAAGAAGAAACAUGGAUGCAGUUUUUUACAGCACACGUACGCGGAACAUGAUGUUAAGUGCUUCGAAGGCAAUGCCCUCGUUUCGAAAAUGUUUCGAUGCAAAUUUUUACUAAACUUUCAAAAUUUGAUUUUUAAAAAUGUCACUAAAUAUAGGAUUAGUUA